AGUGGGAGGAUGGAUACAGGAAAUCAUUCUUCGGUAACUGAGUUUAUCCUUGAGGGGUUAACAGACCAGCCAGGACUCCUGCUCCCUCUCUUCUUCCUGUUUCUAUCCAUCUAUAUGGCCUGCGUGGUGGGAAAUUUGGGCUUGAUUUUUUUAAUCAGAAUCAGUUCUCAGCUUCACAUGCCCAUGUAUUAUUUUCUCAGUAAUUUGUCCUUCAUAGAUCUCUGCUACUCCACUGUCAUAAUUCCCAAGCUGUUGUUGAACUUUGUUUCAGAGAAGAAUCUCACCUCCUUUCCUGAAUGCAUGACCCAGCUCUUUUUCUUCUGUUUCUUUGGUAUUGAUGACUCCUACAUGCUGACAGCAAUGGCUUAUGACCGUUAUGUUGCCGUCUGUAACCCCUUGCUCUACAAUGUCACCAUGUCCCACAGAAUCUGUUUUCUACUGGUCACCAGUGUGUAUACAGUGGGUGCCUUUGGAGCCUUGGUCCAUACCAGCUACAUAUCUAGUCAGUCCUUCUGUGGAACUAAUGUCAUCCACCAUUAUUUCUGUGACAUCCUCCCCCUUCUGAAUAUAUCUUGUUCGAGAGACUACACCAAGGAACUCUUGGUGAUGAUUUUAGUUGGAUUCAAUGUAUUUGCAUGUGCUUUAGCCAUCUUCAUCUCUUAUGCCUUCAUUCUUUCUAGCAUCUUAUGCAUCCGCUCAGCCAAAGGCAGGUCCAAAGCUUUCAGUACCUGCAGCUCCCACCUUGCAGCUGUUGGGGUCUUCUAUGGGUCCAUCAUCUUCAUGUAUUUUAAACCAUCUGCCAGUGACAUAACACAGGAGAAGGUGGCUUCUGUGUUUUAUACCACAGUGAUUCCCAUGCUUAACCCCCUUAUCUACAGCCUUAGGAACAAGGAUGUCAAAGAAUCACUUAAAAAAGUUCUAAAUGGUGGGUUACUUUCUCAGUCAGCAUAG